UGCCCAUUUCGCUCUCUGUUCAAACAUCUAACUUUGUUUCUCUGAGUAGUCUGGGUUCCUCCAUGAACUUACCAAAUGUAUCAAGAAAUGGCAUUACUCACUGGGAACACAGACCCCGAGCUCACCUCGUACUCCUACAACAAUUUGGAAAACCUGUAUGAGGUGCAGACCAAGAAAGGCUUUUUCUACAAAAAAGCCAAGCUUCUCCAUCCUAGGGAAGACUUGUGCUGCUUGGCACGGCGAGAGGACCGAACCCGGUUUGUGAUAAUAAAUGUAGGUGGCAUCAAGUAUAAGAUUCCAUGGACCACCUUGGAUGACUGCCCCUUGACCAGGCUUGGGAAACUAAAAUCGUGUAACAACUACGAUGAGAUAAUGGAUAUCUGUGAUGAUUAUGAUGUCAGCUGCAAUGAGUUUUUUUUUGACCGCAAUCCUUGUGCCUUUCGGACAAUCAUGACUUUCCUGACAGCUGGGAAGCUGAGGCUUCUCAGGGAGAUGUGCGCCCUCUCUUUCCAAGAGGAGCUGAUAUACUGGGGGAUAGAAGAGGAACACUUAGAGUGGUGCUGCAAGAAGAGAUUGCGACAAAAGGAGGAGGAGAUAGCUGAGUCUUCAUUGUACGAGGGGGAGACAGUAUCGGAUGAAACUCCGCAGCAAGCCUUCCAGGACAGUAGCCGUUUGGGUAUGUGCAUGAGAAAGCUCAGGGACAUGGUGGAAAACCCUCACUCAGGGAUCCCAGGAAAGAUCUUUGCUUGUAUCUCAGUCUCCUUUGUUGCCAUCACUGCUGUCAGCCUGUGUAUCAGCACCAUGCCAGAUCUCAGAGCAGAGGAAGAUCGGGGUGAAUGUUCCCAGAAGUGCUACGACAUCUUUGUGCUGGAGACCGUUUGCGUGGCCUGGUUCUCCUUCGAGUUCCUCCUGCGCUCUAUUCAGGCAGAAAGCAAAUGCGCCUUCUUGAAGACUCCCCUCAACAUCAUCGACAUCCUGGCCAUCUUGCCCUUCUACAUCUCUCUCAUCGUAGAUGUGGUCUCCACCAAGAACAGCAGCAAGCCUGGCAGUGGGGCUGGAAACAAGUACUUGGAACGCGUGGGCCUAGUUCUGCGCUUCUUGAGGGCCUUGCGCAUCCUUUACGUCAUGAGGCUGGCACGGCACUCGCUGGGCCUGCAGACGCUGGGCCUCACCGUGCGCCGAUGCACCCGGGAAUUCGGACUCCUGCUCCUCUUCCUUUGUGUUGCCAUGGCACUCUUUUCUCCGUUGGUUUAUUUGGCCGAAAGAGAACUGGGAGCCAAGCAGGAGUUCACUAGUGUUCCUACCAGCUACUGGUGGGCUGUGAUUUCUAUGACGACUGUUGGCUAUGGAGACAUGGUGCCUCGUAGCAUCCCAGGACAGGUGGUAGCCCUAAGCAGUAUCCUGAGUGGGAUUUUGCUGAUGGCUUUUCCAGUCACUUCUAUAUUUCACACUUUUUCUCGUUCCUACACGGAGCUAAAGGAGCAGCAGCAGCGAGCUGCAAGCAGACUGUCGUACCAGCAGGAAGAAAGCCUCAAAUUCCAAAAUGGUGAUAGUUCUCAGGAAGUGGAGACCUCAUCCCCACCAGAGGUUGAAGAGGGGCCUCCACCAACACUGAAGCAGGGCCCCAAAAGGAGCUAUUGAGUGCCAACAACUAAAGACUUAAAAACAGCCGCACUGAAGUAGUGGACAGGAGAGGCGUUCAGCUCUGAAACAAAAACCUAUGGAACUGUGUCGAUCAGGGUGUACAGUGAGGGCUGGGUGGUCCACGCUGAGUGGGCCUUUGUCCUACAGAGCUCUCUGCAGUGUCCAUUCAAAUGAUAAUGAGUAGUCUGCUCCAUCUUUAGUAAAAAGCCACUUCUAUUAAGCAACCGAUUUUUUUGUCAGCCCCGAGAAGCAGUCGCUCAAGGUGGAGAACCACUGGAUCCAAUAACAAGAAAAAAAAUAUACUGAAAAACUGAGAAUUCCCCACAAGGGCCCAGUUCAGGGAGAAGCUAGGAUACCCUUUACUGUUCGUUAGCUUUCUGGUGACAACAAUGGAGCCGUGUGGAAGCUGAAGAAACAGGCUGGACUUUGUGCCUGGGCAUUCCCCCAAGCCUUUGUUUCCUAUGCACAAUGGAUUCAUUCUGUACAACACCUCCAUGGGGUAGAUGCCAAAAGUUUAAAGGGGGUAAGAAGUAGAGUGGCAGGGGGUAGGGUUAAGGGAGGGGAAGGAUCCUGUCUGGGCCAUCAGAAUGGCAAAUGUAUCCUUGUUCUCUUAUUCUGUAAUAGAGUUUUUUUAUUGCUUUGUUUUCUUAUCAGGAACCACAGUCUGGGCUGCUCUCCGACAGGUCUGCCUUGUGCUUUAGCUCUCUAUACAUUGUUUAGUAAACCUGCAUCUUCAGCACUUUGUAUCCUUGCCCUGAUGACAGGUGUAUACAUGGACAGCCUUGCUAUCAGUGGUGUUGAAUGUCACCUUGCUUUCCUUUGUUCCUCUGAAUGUAACAAACAUCAGACAAAUGUUUUCACUUUCUCUUUGUUGUUCCACCGUCCUCUCACUCCUCAUGUUUUAAAGACUGUUUAAUAUUGCAACAGAACUCAAAGGCACCAGCCCAGGAAGCAGAGGGUCAGGGUGGAGGUGGGAAAGCAGUAGUAGCUGCGGGGACUUCAUACCUGGUGCUGUGUCUUGACUGUAGCUGUGCACAAAAGGAUUGAUCUAAAGGCACUGAAGGCACUAGGAGUCUUUCCAUAAACUUCAGUGGACCCUCAAUCAAGCCUCAAAAACAAGAGUUAUUACACCCUAUGCAACAGCAACCAAUCCUUUUUUGGCAACCUGCCCAAAGUUAAGUCAAUCCAAAAUGCUGAGAGAAUGCCUCUCUGAUGUAGUCAGCCACUGCCCUCACCCAGGGUUGCUGAAUCUUGUCAUCUCUGAGAUGUAGGAGCAGUGGUAAA